UCUCUGUGUGUCUCACACACACACGGCAUCGUGUGCAGCAGUCCCCCUCCUGCGCAGUAGUUGUGGGAUAUCUGCCUGUGCGCAUCUCUUUGCUCCAUCGGCGGUGUAAAAUGUUGAAUUUCAUCUGUCGAAUUUGCCAAACGGGACUUUUCCGCUGAAUCCCGCUGCACCCGCCGCCUGACCAAAAUACAUCGAGUCCUGCGCUGUUCCGGCCGGCUGGAGACGGGAAGAGUCUCUGCUGAAAGCCGGCAAAGACACGCACUGAGAGAAAGAGAGAGAGAGAGGGAGAAAAGACAAGAGUGAGAGAAGGAGGUGGAGGAUUUUUACGCACAAUAAUCAGGAGCCCUGUUUGACACUUUUAUUGGGAGUGUGCGUAAAACGGAUUUUGCACUUGACCGAGCCCGCACGCAGCAGUCUGCUGGGAUGGAUUCCUUCAUCAUCGCGGCUCUGGCUCUGUGCUCCCUAACGGCACCGACGCACGGGGACAAAGGCACCAGCAAAGCCCGGAGUUGUUCGGAUAUCAGGCAGUUUUACUUCGGCAAAGGAUUCUCUCUGGACGGUGUCCCCCAGUCUGAAAUAUCAGGGGAGCACCUACGUAUCUGCCCCCAGGGUUACACUUGCUGUACCAGUGACAUGGAGGACAACCUGGCCAGGCAGAGCCGCAGAGAGGUGGAAGGUGUCCUGAAAGAGGCCGGACGAACAUUACAAGCCUCACUGAAUGGACAGUAUAAAGCCUUCGAUGGCUACUUUUUGGAACUGCUGAACAAAUCAGAGAUGAACCUACAGGAGACCUUUACUCAGUCUUUGGGAGUCAUCUACUCUCAGAAUGUCCAGGUAUUUUCGGACUUGUACACGGAGCUGAGGCACUACUACCAAGGCUUAAACGUCAACCUGGAGGAGGUACUCAAUGACUUCUGGUCCAGGCUGCUAGAGAAGCUGUUCUACUACACAAACAGACAGCAUUCCAUUGGGGAAGACUAUUUGGAUUGCUUGUCAAAGCAGUUGGAGACAUUGCGACCCUUCGGAGACACGCCACGUGAACUGAAGAUGAAGGUCACACGCACAUUUGUGGCUGCACGUUCCUUUGUUCAGGGGCUUGUUGUCAGCGGUGAAGUAGUGCGGAAGGUUUCUCAGGUGCCUUUGAGCCAGGAGUGCACUCGUGCCAUCAUGAGGAUGACUUACUGUCCCCACUGCCGUGGCAUGGCCUCUGCUCGACCGUGUGCUAACUACUGCAGUAACGUAAUGAAGGGGUGUCUGGCCAACCAGGCUGACCUGAACACUGAGUGGCGGCAUUUGGCAGAUACAAUGAUCCAGCUGGCUGACCGCUUUGACGGCCCAUAUGGAGUGGAUGUCGUGGUGCUCUCCAUCCCAUAUCGGAUAUUGGAAGCCAUUUCCACCAUGGCAGACAAUAUGGCAACUGUAAACAACAAGCUGAUGCAGGCAUGUGGGAACCUCAGAGAGGGAGGAACCAGCACCACGGGACAAGAAGACAUCAUAAAUAGAGGGAAAGUAACAGUGGACGACAAGUUGGGACCAAACACGAGCAAACUGGAGCAGCUGGUUUCUGAUGUCUCCAGUAGAUUGAGGGACAUGCAGCCAUACUGGGUUUCUGUCCCAAGUGUCAUCUGCAGUGACAGAGUUGCCACCGGAACUGGGGCUAAAGAUAAAUGCUGGAAUGGAAUGAAUCGUGCCAGGUACCUUCCUGAGGUGAUGAGUGACGGCCUCGCCAGCCAGAUCAACAACCCCGAAGUGGAAGUUGACAUUACCAAACCAGACAUGGCAAUACGACAGCAUAUAAUGCAGCUGAAGAUCAUGACCCACCGCCUCAGAAAUGCUCUCAAUGGCAAUGAUGUGGACUUCCAAGAUACCAGUGAUGAUUCGAGCGGUUCGGGAAGUGGUAUCUGCGCUGAUGAGAUGUGCUCUCGGAGUCCACGCCUCAGUCUUCCCAGCACUGAUGAACCCAAACUCUUUGCCUCUGUCCCACAAAAUAAGAAGGUGAAAAGUGCAGCCAACGGCAGCUUUCCCUGCCUCGUCAUUUACCCGCUAUCACUGGUCACUUUGCUGCUCUGGCGAUAAUUGACGGAGGAAUCCGACAACAGGGACUGUAUGGGACACUGUGGGAGGGGUUAGGAGUGCCUGAAAGGAGAAGGAGGAGAAGUUGGGGGUUACUUACUUUGCCAAAACUAAAUAAAUAUAAGGAAAGAAACAAAUGAACUGAGAUGGACUUCCUCUUGGUUUUGGAUUGCAAUGAAAUGGAUUCAUGAGUGAUCAUAAAAAUGUUUCUUCUCUCAUUUUUCAUGCUAUGACUUCAUUAGAGCUGGUCUUUUUAGGUCUUAUUUUUUUUUUUUUUCCUGGUGUUUGGGUGCUCUGAGAUUCUACAUGUACUUAAAAGUAUGUAAGACUGCAUUGCUAACAAUGUAUUGGUGUUGACACCAUGGGGAGAGGGAAAACGGGGCUUUGCAGUGGCAGAGAGCGAGACAUAUAUUUGUUUUCCCACUCCUUCAGCACAACAUCAAGAGUUUUCGUCUUCCUCAAACCAAAAUACGCAAGGCGCAAAUGAAAUAAAGCAUUUGUGCCUUUCAAAACGGGGGCGGGGUGGGAUAAUCAAGACAGCUCAGCCCUGAGUAAGACCAAGUAGCUCUCCUUAAGGCAUUUACGGUCAUAAUAUCAUUGCACCUACAUGCACUCUCACAGAGAGGACAAGCACACUCCAUGUAAGCACUUUCUGCAAUAAUCUGUGGUAAUAGCUAGGAUCACAUUUGCGUGGGGGGUAACAUGACCCAUCUGCCACUCCAUCAACUCCCCGCAUUCUCUCUGUAACUCUCCCCCCACCACCACCACCACCACUGAAACUACUCUCUGUCAGAGCUCCUCUGUCAGAGUAUGAUCAGCUUGAGAGUCUGGUGUAAGCAAAAAUCUAAACUGUGCAGGUCCACAGUGUUGGCGCGUUCCC